CGGUCUGCGUGGAGGGGGAUUAAGUUCUCCGCCUGCAACCAGCCUUGCACACAGAGCAACUGUUGGGUGACAAAUGAAGCUUGCGACUCCUUUCCCACCUGCACCUUUAGGUGCCUCCUGCUGGAGAGCAGCGAUCUCAAGAUGCAUCAUGAAUACUAAUCAGGUUAUCUUCAGAUUCUUCAAAUGUUGGCUUCCACGAUCGUUCCAACCACAGCGGUUUUCAAGAUCGAGCACUUACAAGUUGCAUUGCUGGACCAGUACUGCAGCUAAGAUGAUAGCAAUCUACAACUAUGAUGCUGUCCAAGAUGUGGAGCUCUCCUUGCAAGUUGGUGAUACGGUUCACAUUCUGGAGAUGUAUGAAGGCUGGUACCGAGGAUACACACUCCGAAAUAAAUCUAAGAAGGGCAUUUUCCCAGAAACAUAUAUCCAUUUAAAGGAGGCAACCGUGAAGGACCGAGGACAACAUGAGACGGUGAUUCCAGGUGAACUGCCCCUUGGGCAAGAGCUGACUUCCACCCUGAGGGAAUGGGCAGUUAUCUGGCACAAGUUGUACGUGGAUAACAAGACAACACAGUUCCGUCACGUCCAGCAAAUGACUUACAGUCUGAUAGAAUGGAGGUCGCAGAUCCUGUCUGGGACUCUUCCCAAAGAUGAACUGGCUGAACUCAAGAAGAAAGUCACUGCUAAAAUUGACUACGGUAACAGGAUCCUAGGUUUGGACCUGGUUGUACGAGAUGACAAUGGGAACAUCUUAGACCCAGAUGAAACCAGCACAAUCUCUCUCUUCAAGGCCCAUGAAACCGCAUCCAAAAGGAUUGAUGAAAGAAUCCAGGAAGAGAAGUCCCUGCAACAGAAUUUGGACCUCCGAGGGCAGCCAAUAUUCAACACAACACACACGUAUAGCCUGUAUGUAAACUUCAAGAAUUUUGUCUGCAAUAUUGGAGAAGAUGCAGAGCUGUUAAUGAGCCUCUAUGAUCCUGACCUCUCCAAAUUCAUCAGUGAAAAUUACCUGGUUCGUUGGGGCAGUAAUGGGAUGCCUAAAGAAAUUGAGAAGCUAAAUAACCUUCAAGCAGUCUUCACUGAUUUAAGCAGUUCUGACUUGAUCAGACCGAAAAUCAGCUUGGUGUGUCAGAUUGUGAGGGUGGGGCAUAUGGAGCUAAAAGAUGGGAAGAAACAUACAUGUGGACUUCGGAGACCGUUUGGUGUGGCAGUGAUGGACAUAACUGAUAUCAUACACGGAAAGGUGGAUGACGAGGAAAAGCAACAUUUUAUUCCGUUUCAGCAGAUUGCCAUGGAAACAUACAUCAGACAGCGACAGCUAAUUAUGUCCCCACUGAUAACUUCCCAUGUGAUUGGAGAAAAUGAGCCCCUCACUUCUGUCUUCAACAAAGUCAUCGCUGCAAAGGAAGUGAAUCAUAAAGGGCAAGGUCUUUGGGUCUCCCUGAAACUGCUUCCUGGCGAUCUAGCACAGGUUCAGAAGGAUUUUUCCCACCUUGUAGACAGAUCAACUGCUGUGGCUCGCAAAAUGGGAUUCCCUGAGAUAAUUCUGCCUGGUGAUGUUCGAAAUGAUAUCUAUGUCACCCUGGUACAAGGAGAGUUUGACAAAGGCAAGAAGAAGACUCCCAAGAAUGUAGAAGUCACCAUGUCUGUACAUGAUGAAGAUGGCAAUCUCCAAGAGAAAGCUAUCCAUCCUGGUGCUGGUUAUGAAGGUGUCUCCGAAUAUAAGUCUGUUGUUUAUUAUCAAGUCAAGCAACCUUGCUGGUAUGAAACUGUGAAGGUGUCCAUUGCAAUAGAGGAAGUCAGUCGUUGCCAUUUAAGAUUCACUUUUCGUCAUCGGUCGUCACAGGAAUCUCGGGAUAAGUCUGAGAGAGCAUUUGGCAUGGGCUUUGUGAAGUUGAUGAAUGCAGAUGGAACAACGCUCCAGGAUGGCAAACACAACUUGAUUGUUUAUAAGGGUGAUAACAAGAAAAUGGAAGAUGCUAAAUGCUAUUUAACCCUUCCUUGUACAAAAAUGGAAAUGGAGGAGAAGGAGGCCCCUUCAGGGAAAAAUCUGCACCAUCUAGCCAACUUCACACCCACUAAAGAUAGCACGAAAGACAGCUUCCAGAUUGCCACUUUGAUCUGCUCCACCAAACUCACCCAGAAUGUUGACCUGCUGGGUUUGUUGAACUGGCGUUCCAACUCUCAGAACAUAGCCCACAACCUAAGGAAGCUCAUGGAGGUGGAAGGAGGAGAAAUUGUAAAGUUUUUGCAAGACACCCUUGAUGCGCUUUUCAACAUAAUGAUGGAAAUGUCAGAAAAUGAAACCUAUGACUUCCUUGUGUUUGAUGCACUGGUAUUUAUUAUUUCUUUAAUCGGAGACAUCAAGUUCCAGCAUUUCAACCCUGUACUUGAAACUUACAUUUACAAGCACUUCAGUGCAACCCUGGCAUACAUGAAACUCACUAAAGUACUGAACUGCUAUGUGGGAAAUGCCGAUGACUCCAGCAAGACAGAAUUGCUGUUUGCUGCUCUGAAAGCCUUGAAGUACCUAUUCCGGUUCAUUGUUCAGUCGCGAAUAUUGUACCUGAGGUUUUAUGGGAAAAGUGAAGAAGGGGAUGAAUUUAAUGAUGCGAUACGCAAGCUGUUCCUCUCCUUCAACGUCCUCAUGGACCGUCCUUUAGAGGAGGCUGUCAAGAUUAAGGGUGCAGCUUUAAAGUAUUUGCCAAGCAUCAUAAAUGAUGUCAAACUAGUAUUUGACCCUGUUGAGCUCAGUGUCCUCUUCAGCAAGUUUAUCCAAAGUAUUCCUGACAACCAGUUAGUUCGACAGAAGCUAAACUGCAUGACCAAGAUAGUCGAGAGUGAUCUGUUUAAACAGUCAGAAUGCAGAGAUGCUCUCCUGCCUCUACUAAUAGACCAACUAAGCGGCCAGCUGGAUGACAAUUCAAACAAGCCUGAUCAUGAGGCCUGCUCACAGCUCCUUAGCAGUGUUCUGGAAGUUCUGGAUCGGAAAGAUGUGGGGCCUACUGCUGUCCACAUCCAGCUGAUCAUGGAACGCCUGCUAAGGAGAAUAAACCGCACGGUGAUCGGAAUGAGCAGGCAGUCUCCACACAUUGGUAUUUUUGUGGCCUGCAUGACAGCCAUCCUGAGGCAGAUGGAUGAUUUCCAUUACAACCAUUACAUCAAUACUUUCAAAACCAGGCAGGACAUUGUUGAUUUCCUGAUGGAAACAUUCAUAAUGUUUAAAGAUCUGAUUGGAAAAAAUGUCUAUGCAGCUGACUGGAUGGUCAUGAAUAUGAUGCAGAGCAGGGUUUUCCUCCGGGCAGUGAACCAAUUUACUUCUGUACUCAACCGUUUCUUUCUGGAUCAAGCAAAUUUUGAACUCCAGCUCUGGAAUAACUAUUUCCAUUUGGCAGUGGCCUUUCUCACUCAUGAAUCCCUCCAGCUGGAGACCUUCUCACAAGCCAAACGCAACAAAAUUAUCAAGAAGUAUGGGGACAUGAGGAAAGAAAUCGGCUUCAAAAUAAGGGAUAUGUGGUAUAAUUUGGGUCCCCACAAAAUAAAAUUUAUUCCAGCAAUGGUAGGCCCGAUCCUGGAGGUAACCCUGGUCCCAGAGCCUGAGCUACGGAAAGCCACCAUUCCCAUCUUCUUUGAUAUGAUGCAGUGCGAGUUUAACUUCAGUGGGAACAGAAACUUCCACAUGUUUGAAAAUGAGUUGAUAACCAAGCUGGACCAGGAAGUUGAGGGUGGCAGAGGGGACGAACAGUACAAGAUUUUGCUGGAGAAACUCCUCCUGGAGCACUGUCGGAAGCAUAAAUACCUGUCUGCUUCUGGAGAAGUGUUUGCUUUGCUGGUCAGCAGCUUGCUAGAGAACCUGUUGGACUACAGAACAAUCAUGCACGAUGAAAGCAAGGAGAACCGCAUGAGCUGCACUGUCAACGUGCUGAAUUUUUAUAAGGAGAAGAAACGAGAGGACAUUUAUAUCAGAUAUCUAUAUAAACUCCGGGACCUGCACACAGACUGUGAGAACUUCACAGAGGCAGCAUACACUCUUCUCCUUCACGCAGAGCUGCUCCAGUGGUCUGAGAAGCCAUGCGUGCCUCAUCUGCUGCAGAGGGACAGCUACUACGUCUACUCGCAACAGGAACUCAAGGAAAAGCUCUACCAAGAAAUUAUCUCCUUCUUCGACAGGGGCAAAAUGUGGGAAAAAGCCAUUCAGCUAAGCAAAGAGUUGGCUGACAUGUAUGAAAACAAGGUCUUUGAUUAUGAGGGACUUGGUAAUCUCCUAAAAAAACGAGCUACUUUUUAUGAAAAUAUCAUGAAGGCAAUGAGACCUCAACCAGAGUACUUUGCAGUUGGAUACUAUGGUCAGGGUUUCCCCUCUUUCCUCCGGAACAAAAUUUUUAUCUACCGUGGCAAGGAGUAUGAACGAAGGGAAGACUUCAACCUGAAGCUACUGACCCAGUUCCCUAGUGCUGAGAAGAUGACCAGCACUGCCCCUCCAGGAGAGGAGAUCAAGUCUUCUCCUAAACAGUAUGUGCAGUGCUUUAUAGUGAAGCCUGUGAUGAACCUGCCACCUAAUUAUAAAGACAAACCUGUUCCUGAACAGAUCUUAAACUACUACAGAGCAAACGAGGUACAGCAGUUCACACACUCCCGACCAUUCAGGAAAGGAGAAAAAGAUCCAGAGAAUGAAUUUGCUACUAUGUGGAUAGAAAGGACAACCUACACAACAGCAUACUCAUUUCCAGGCAUCCUCAAGUGGUUUGAAGUCAAGCAGGUUACAACGGAGGAGAUCAGCCCUUUGGAGAAUGCCAUAGAAACGAUGGAGCUAACCAACGAGAAAAUCAGCAACAUUGUCCAGCAGCACGUCUGGGACCGGAGUCUUCCAGUACAUCCUCUCUCUAUGCUCCUGAACGGGAUCGUGGACCCAGCAGUCAUGGGGGGAUAUACCAACUAUGAAAAGGCCUUUUUCACAGAGAAGUAUCUUCAAGAGCAUCCUGAAGAUCAAGAUAAAAUUGAGCUGCUUAAGCAAUUAAUUGCUCUACAGAUGCCGUUGUUGGCAGAGGGGAUCAGGAUCCAUGGCGAGAAGCUGACGGAACAGCUGAAGCCUCUACACGACAGACUGACAGCCUGUUUCAAAGAGCUGAAGAAGAAGGUGGAGAAGCAGUAUGGUGUGAUAACUUUGCCUCCCUCCCUCACUGAAAGGAAACCAAGCAGGUCAGGCUCUGUCGUGUUGCCCUAUAUCAUGUCUUCCACGCUGAGACGGCUUUCUGUCACAUCCGUGGCCUCUUCUGUGGUCUCUACGUCCUCCACGUCGUCUGACAGCACUUCCUCCAGGCCAGGUUCAGACGGAUCUAUUCUGGAACCUCUCUUGGAGAGAAGAAUAUCAACAGCCUCCAGAGCUGAGGAUCUGCCCAUCAAAGAAGAUGGCGAUAACAGGAUUUGCAAACUCAAGCGGAAGGAGUGGAGUAUUAGCAAGUCUCAGGUUAUUGUGGAGAAGGAGCCAGAAAUGGAACUGACUUUAAAAAUGAGCUUGUCUGGAAAAGCACAAAGGCCAAAGAGUCUUCAAUUAGGAGACAGCAAACUGACUUUGCUUCAGAGUUCUUCACUCCAGCAGUCGUCGCCUCUCAGCCCACCGCCCAUCACUCCCAAAACGCCAAGAACCCACAGUUUUCCCUCGUUGCAAGCUGAUGGAUUGUCAACUGCUAGCUUGCAGAGUACCCCUCCUCCACCUCCGCCUAAAAACAAACCCUACGAGAAUAGCAACCCGAGGAAUUCUAUGGAGGCUACUCCACCGCUACCCAACAGACGUGAAGCCAAGCCUCCCCCUCCUCCUCCAAAAACCAGAAAAUCCAGCGUUGUCUCUUCAGAGCAAGGAUUGCAGUGAGGAUUGUUACUUGCUCGGCUCACAGCAAGUGCCUAGAGUGAAAUGGCUGCUUUCUUUUCACCGACAUGCUGGGCCUUUCCGACCCUAAAGACCUAGUGAUCUCACUUGCCAUUCCAGUCACGUCCCUUGGAGUUCUUCCUGGGAAAUACCAAAAGGAACUUAGUUGUAACUAUUCCUAACCUCUGGUUUACCUUUCCAAUCAUGAGACACUAAUCACAUGUGGGAAGAAGUCAGCCUACUGGAACUCCUGUUUGUCUUAGUCUUGUCUGUCCUGAACUCAGUCACUGAUGCAAUUUCAGCAGCUCAUUCCUAGCGUAAAUCUGUCACUGUAGUGAUUUGCACCAGUGCUUGAACCAAGGUAAGCCACACCAGUAUGAGAUACAUUCUACAGUAUUUUCAUAUAGGUUCGUUACAGCUUUGUGGCUGUACUAGUGCACCGAUCCUUCCUUUUGCCCCUGUAGCAUAGCCAAGCCCUGCUUUGCAUGAAGCGAGACGAUCACAGCCGUGCCUAAGCUGUGAAAUGUCUGCUCCUGAGAUGUCAGGUGCUGGCGUAUGAUAUGUAUUCUCCUAAGAUUCUUGAUUGCAGGCAGAGACCUGAGCAUUGUUAGCAGAAAAAGAAACCUCUUUUCUGCUAGUCGUCAUAGGUAUUUAAGAUGAAGUUGCAGACAUUCUGCCUUACGCCACCUCUGCUCAAGUAGUGGCAGUCACUCAAUCCCAGUGGAGAGUUUAGGUUCACCAGUACUUUGUCGUAGUUUCGCUGUUGAUUCUGGUUUUGACACUACAGAGCAGUCGAUAUUCCUUCCUUUGUGAUGUUACUACUUUAUUUUGCGUCUGGGACUUGGUACAAUAUCUCAUCUUUGUGCUUUUUUAGUAGGGUGUAAAAAGUUAUUUUUCUCCUGUGAAUGUCUUAGAGUGGAUAGAAGUUCCAUCGAUACCAGUACUGUAUUGAUAGCAGCAACCUGGAGAGGAUGGAGUGGGUAAAACUGGUCACCUGGACCUCAGAAACAAAGUUUGAUAGUUAAUGUAACCUCUACUUUGGCUGGCCAAUUCCACGUAAAUAAUUCUCAUCUCCCCCCUGGUUUGUGGCAGUACUUGCACUUUGUUUUGUAGCCUCCCUUGAUCUAAGUUGCUAACAGCCACUGGGCUUUAAGGAGCCAUUUAGAUCUGGGAUGCAUGUGGAAGACUUGACACUUACCCACAAGUUUCCUGUUGCUUGGAUUACUCCAGCUCUGCAGCUUUUAUUUCCUUGGAGGACGGGAUAAUAAUAUUAUUUAUAAGUAUUUUGUUAAUCUGUUUAGUUUUUUUUUUCUUUUAGUUAUUUAUUCCCUGCUGUCUCAGAAUGUUAGCAUCAGUCUUUCUGUUUUAUUUAUUCUAGAGAAAAAAAUGACAUGAUCUUGGGUUUUAAUGUUUUUAAAUUCAUGCGAUUCAUGCAGAAAAAGGCUGUUGCACACAGUUAGAACACCCUGUCCUCACAGUUACAUAGUGACCAAACAUAGAACACAAAUACCAUUGUUAUUUAUGGACCAGAUGGGCCUUAGACUCAUUCAUCAUUCCUCUGUGCCUGAGCUGCCACCAGAAGAUUGCUGUUUAAAAAAAACACAACAAAAUACUCCAUAGUAUUAGCGUUGGCAGUUGCAUUUUGCACCUUGCAGGGCUGCUGGUCUCUGAGCCUGGGCAGCACCAUGAUGUUAGAUCGGCUGCUCCCCUGGGGUGGGGAACUUGCUCUUCUGCAUCAGGCUUACAGGGAGUUUGUACAACACUUAGGCCAGAAGAAAAUUCAGUUUGAAAUUGUCUUGCAAAAUGUAUUUCUACUCUGUUCUACUAUUAAAUAAUCUAGAUCACUCCAGAAAUAGUUUUCGCUUUGUGGAGGUGGACUUUCCUAAACUCCCUGUUCCAGAAGUAAUGCAUUGUGGAGAACUUCGCUGUUUUCUUCUCAAGCUACAUAGUUGUAACUUCCAUGUAUAUCCCCCCAGAGUUGCUACUGCCAGUUGGUGCCACAUUUACCAGCAGCUGCAAAGUCCCUCAGGUUUGGUUUCUCUUGGUUUGUAAGAAUUGUUCUCUUCUGUCACAUUCAGACGGGACAUUUUGUCGUGCUGUUCUGCCUGUGUGACUGACCUAUUUAUAAACGUAGCUUCCAUAGUGGCUGUUAUUUUCACUGAUGUUUUCUAGGGACGGGAAAAAAUCGCUCCUUGUUAUUGUUCCCUUUCACUGUGAAUCUCAGGAAAUGGGAGUUUGCCUGCAAAGUUUAGAUCCAAACUGUUUCAGAACCUAGAAGUUUCUUAGUGCUCAUCAUAAAGAUGGACCAGCUGAAGUUGGUUUGAACUUAGAUGAAAUUUUAGAUAUUUGGUUGCCACUUGUGGCUUAUUCCUUUAUCAUCAUGUUGAUGAAGAUUCUUCUGUAUGCUCUUUCUUCCAGGAAAUAAUUUCGCUCAGCUAUAACUGUCGUUUAGCUUCUGAUUAUCUGGCAUAAUUCAUGGAGAGGUGUUAAAAACCCUGCUGAGGAUGUUGCUCACAACAGUAAAUAUACAGUUGUUUGGUUUGGGUUUCUUUUUGCAGGCCACUGCACCACUAUUCUGCUCACAUGACUUAAUGAGUUUCAUCACGUUAGUGAAAACUUAUUUGAGAAAGGCUUUAAUUAGACUUAAAGUCUUUUUCAGAGGAAAACAAAAUCGUGCUCUUAGAAGUUCCUUGGGCUUCUGUGUGACUCCAUUUAAAGAAACCUGCAGAAGUUGCAUUUAUUUUGCUGCCUGACAACUUAUUUAUUUUUUUUCUGUCUGCUUUUAUUUUGCUGGCUCUCUAGGCAGAUUGCAUUCAUUGAAGGAUCAUAUCAGAUUCACAUCACAGAGCAGGAUGGAGACAUUUUGGAAGCUGCACUGCAGUCACAGUCGUGCUUGCUGUAGCUCACAUGCGAUUGUCUUCGGGGUUGUCACCUUCUCUUGGGAAAUCUUUGAAACCUUUCUGGACAUCUUGGCUGUGUUUCACCGCCUCUCUGGUGCAUUGUAGGACUUGUCCAAGAACAUAAUGUGGAGCUGACAUAGACACUGCUUGACUUGAAAGCCACAGGGUUUUCUCGUCUUUGGCUUUUUUGGUCCACUUCUUCCUCUUCAUGUAACUACUAUCUUCCUUCUGCUGCUCUCGCACAUGUAAACUAAAGGAUCCUCUGAAACUCUUUACUUGAAGGAGAACUUUUCUGUCUUCAGUGAGAACUUUGCUUAAGGCAGAGCAGUAGGAUGUGGUGUGAAUUGUAGAAACCUGAAGCUCUCCAUCAGCUCCUUGGCCACAUACACACAUCCAUGUAUACAUUAACACCACCUAUUGUUAAUUCAGUGCCUUGCCCCAUCCUGCAUCUGCCUGUUGCCUCAUUCCUCGGUGCUUUUCCUUUUCAGAGGAGGCUUGCUUUUAACUCCUUUGGUAAGUCAGCAGAAACAAAAGAAACUGCAGGAAUCUCAGCUAAUGGUUUGUCUGUAGUGGGAAAACAAAAUAGAUAGGAGGUUUGGGUAUUUUAGUUCCAAGUGACUUCUGAGUCUUGCUUCCCUGCCUUUCUGAUCUGCUUUACUAACUUGCAGAUGCACCUUGUGCAUUCACCAGGUAUUUUCCUGGAGGAUGGAACUGGUCCGUGCAAAAAGACUUUUCCCCCCUUGGAUCAUGCAUCUGCCAGUCAUUGGGAACACAGUCCUAUCUUUCAUGUGUGCUGGUCCUAGGUGCUGGUAGCUGAGCUAGCCCUAAAUGCCCAAGUCAUCUGCCUCACUUGGCAGGUUCCUUGACUUUUUUUGGUCUGCUGUCUGCACAGCUGAGGCCUUUCUUCUUGCCACCUCUGUUGCCUGGCCGGUUGGAGAUGGUUGUAGCUGAGACAUCACCCUUACUGCAAGGAAAGGAACAGCUGAUGCCUAAAGACAACAGGGCAAGGAGAUCUCCAUUGCCAAAACGUUUGGGGCAUUUUCAUUGGCAGAUUUUCCAUGCCAAGUGUUUAAAGUUGAACAAUUAUUUUUUUCUUUGUUAGCAUUAUUUUUGUUCUAAGAGCCUGUUUGAAGUGCUGUAAACUCUUCCCUCUUCUUCUUGCUUUUGGGCAACCUAACUCACAGGUUCAGUUUUCUUAAGUAUUACUGACUGGGAGGUUUGAAGAGUUGCAUUGUUAGCUGAUACAAGUCAGCAUCGUUUCCUUGGAGGUACAAGAUGGGAUUUCUGUACUGUGCCUAAGUGACUUAGGGCUUCACACCAAUUUUGGAAAAAAGUAUCAUCUUCAAGUGUCAGAUUUUUAAAAGCAAUUGGGCUUUAAAGUGUGUGAAAAAGCAUGGGGCCUGACUGAUUUUAAUUAAGUGAAAUUUAGUGCCCAAACUCUUGUGAGAAACCCCACUAGACCUCUGAUUUUUUUUUGACUUAAGUUCUGAGAUCUAAUUUUCAGAGACAAUUUAAGGUCUUGCUGCUUCAUUUUCAGAAUGAGAAUCAUCUUUCCGUGUUUCUUAGAUGAUUUUGUAAAUAUUAACCAACGUUUUUUAACCUGUAGGACUGAAAAUGGGAGUAGGGGAACAAUCCAUAACGGUAUCUUCUUUGCAUGCCAGAACUGAAAGCAAGCAGCAGCAUUUCUACUGAGUUCAUAGUUCUGAAUAAAACAAAUCUCAAAGUUAAACAUCCAGUCUGCAGAGAAGACAAAAUCUUAAUCCCAUUUCAAAGCCAUGCUGUUCAAAGCUAAUGUUAAAUUUGAAGUCUUAGAGGAUUUUUUUUUCUCUUUGGAGAAAUAUGCUCAACACUUGUUUUCUGGAGCUUUUAAUUAAAAUUUGUCAUGCUGUGAUAAAUUCCUUUAAAAAUGUUACAGGCUCUAAUCCAUAUCAGGGGAAGAGAGAAACAGACAGUUUUCCAUUUCAGUGGAUUAGUGGAUUAGGAAAGGACACCGAUUCCAGUGAGGACAGCUCUGUGAUCUGCAGUGGCAGAAAUACCAUGAUAUGUAUGUAGCAGUUGUUGAGAACCUUCACACUGUGCAGCCUGGCGUACGUUCCACGAUGAACAGUGAGUUAGACUUGUAGUAAUAAUGGCUCAGAUUUUCUCUCCUUAUUUAUUUUUGUAAUUGUAAAUGGAAAUAAUAAGUUUAAGAUGUCUGUAGCUUAACUGUAAUCUUUUUUUUUUAAUGUAAAAACAUUCCCGACCAUUACUGCUACCCCUUUUUCAAUUCCUUAAUUAAAAAUCUUGUAUUUAC